CCCCUACACAACGCUACCCUUUUUGCCUAUGAGUCCCAGAAUCCUUUCAUGGUUCUCAUCUUGUUCCUCAAAUCCCAUGGCUUUCAACCUAAACUAUCUGCUUCUCCGAGCCACACUUCUCUCUUCUUCAGCCCCCUCUCAUCGCUUCUCACUCUCAGAGAUAUGUGUUCCUAUGCUCAUGAUCAUGAUCCUUGCACCACUUCAAUGCACCCCACUUCUUCCUCUUCGUUAUUGUCACAAUCCCGUUCUGUUGUCAGAACAGUCUGUUCAUUGGUCUCCGAGUCUUUCUACCGACAGGACCAUGUGAGAAUAUCACCUCCCAAGCUUAAUGUUCAGCUUGAUACCGAUUCUUUGACUCAUGAACAGGCCAUUACAGUCGUUGCUUCACUUGCCGCCGAGGCAGGUUCGAUGGUGGCCUUGAGUUUCUUUUACUGGGCCAUUGAUUUCUCCAAGUUUCGCCAUUUUAUGCGGCUUUAUAUAGUGUGCGCCACUUCGUUGAUUGGUAAUGGGAAUAUGGAGAGGGCUCAUGAAGUGAUGCAGUGCAUGGUGAUGAAUUUUGCUGAGAUUGGGAGGUUGAGGGAGGCUAUUGAUAUGGUUAUUGAGAUGCGAAAUCAGGGGUUGGUGCCAAGUACUCGCACCUUGAAUUGUGCGAUUCGCAUUGCAUGUGAGAUGGGCAUGGUUGAAUAUGCUGAGAACGUGUUUGAGGAAAUGUGCGUCAGAGGGGUGUUUCCUGAUUGUUGCAGUUAUAAGUUGAUUGUCGUUAGUUAUUGUAGGAUCGGUAGAAUUCUGGAGGCGGACAGGUGGUUGAGUGAAAUGCUUGGAAGAAGCUUUGUGGUAGAUAAUGCGACCCUUACUAUAAUAAUCAGUGCAUUUUGUGAGAAGGGUUUUGUGAAUAGAGCGUCUUGGUAUUUCAAUAAGAUCGUUGAGAUGGGUUUGACGCCAAACGUGAUUAAUUUCACAUCAUUGAUUCAUGGGUUGUGCAAGAAGGGCAGCAUUAAGCAAGCGUUUGAAAUGUUGGAGGAAAUGGUUCGGAAAGGUUGGAAACCUAAUGUGUAUACUCAUACAGCAUUGAUUGAUGGGCUCUGCAAGAAGGGAUGGACUGAGAAGGCUUUUAGACUGUUUCUUAAGCUUGUCCGGAGUGCUAAUUACAAGCCAAAUGUUCACACAUAUACAGCCAUGAUCAGUGGGUAUUGCAAAGAGGACAAGUUGAAUCGUGCUGAGAUGUUGUUGAGCAGAAUGAAAGAACAGGGAUUGGCCCCCAACACUAAAACAUAUACUACUCUCAUUGAUGGGCACUGUAAAGUAGGAAAUUUCGGAAGAGCAUACGAGUUGAUGAACUUAAUGGAAAAUGAGGGUUUCCCUCCUAAUAUCUGUACAUAUAAUGCAAUUAUCGAUUGCCUCUGCAAAAAGGGAAGGGUUCACGAGGCUUGUGAAUUGCUUAAGAAGGGUUUUAGUCGUGGAUUGCAAGCUGAUAGAUUCACGUAUACUAUUCUCAUAUCUGAGCACUGCAAGCAGGCAGAUACUAAGCAAGCCUUGGUGUUUUUCAAUAAGAUGGUCAAAGUUGGCAUUCAACCUGAUAUUCAUAUGUAUACUACAUUAAUCGCUGCCUUUUGUAGGCAAAAAAGAUUAAUAGAGAGUGAGAAAUUUUUUGAAGAAGCUGUCAUGCUCGGCCUGGUUCCAACAAAGGAGACUUAUACAUCCAUGAUAUGUGGCUACUGCAGGGAUGGAAAUCUGAACUUGGCUGUGAAGUAUUUUCAUAGGAUGAGAGAUCAUGGAUGUACACCGGACAGUAUUACUUAUGGUGCUCUUAUAAGUGGGCUUUGCAAAGGGUUCAAGUUGGAGGAGGCUCGUCGGUUAUAUGACAACAUGAUGGAUAAGGGGCUGGCCCCUUGUGAAGUUACUCGGCUAACCUUGGCUUAUGAGUUUUGCAGAAUAGACGAUUCUGCUUCUGCCAUGAUUAUAUUAGAAAGACUAGACACAAAGCUCUGGAUCUGGACUGUUAAUACCUUGGUCAGGAAGCUUUGUAGUGAGAGGAAAGUGGGCGCGGCGGCAUUGUUCUUUCAUAGAUUAUUAGACAAGGACCGUAAUGCAGAUCGUGUGACUUUGGCGGCAUUCAUGACUGCUUGUUAUGAAAGCAACAACUAUGCUCUUGUUUCUAACUUGUCUGAGAAGAUCUCUAAAGGAAUUGGUUAGCAGCUGUUAAAAAGAUUGGUGAAUUCACUUAUGUUGAAAAGCUGAGCUGCUAAAGAAAGUUUUGUAGCGUAAUUCCUUUUCCUACUGCUGAUAUCUUUAAAAACUUGGAAGCCUAUUAGCAUGGUAAGCCAGUUAUUCUCAUUGGAUGUAGAGUUCCAUUGCCAUUGAACGUCUUUAAGUCUUUCCUGAAUAACAGUUAGAGGUGUUACAAAUGCAUUGAAUGACACAAAGGAUUGGCCAGAAGUCUCUUAGAAUCAGGGUUCAAUAUUUCUUGAUUUCACAAAAGUUUGAAGGGAUUGUAAAUAUUCGAGUCUUUUGACUCGUAUACAAAAUGACAUUACAUCCUAGUUGAGUUGAAUGUAAUGUUGAAUGAGGAUUCAGUUAUUAUCAAUGUUAGCAAUAUGUGCAAUCAGUGUUCUGUUGUGUUUCA